AUUAUCAUCAGCUCAAACUACUUCACAGCUCAUUAUGAAGUGCAUUGUGCUGUUGUUUGCUGUGAUCUCCUGCGCCUCGGCGUACUACUUCAUCACCCCGAAUACCUACUACGGCGGCGUUAGCCCCUACAUCUGGAGAAAGAAGCGGUCUGCCCCUGAGGCCCCGGCUGAAGACCAGCAAGCAGACCCUGCCCUGUACUUGAACAGCUACCUUGGCUACCCCUACUCUUCGUACAUCCACUAUCUGAAGAAGCGCGAGGCCCCGGCCGAAGACCAGCAGGCUGACCCUGCCCUGCUCUACAACAGCUACCUUGGCUACCCCUACUCUUCGUACAUCCACUAUCUGAAGAAGCGCGAGGCCCCGGCUGAAGACCAGCAGGCGGACCCUGCCCUGUACUUAAACAGCUACCUUGGCUACCCCUACUCUUCGUACAUCCACUACCUGAAGAAGCGCGAGGCCCCGGCCGAAGACCAGGAGGCUGAUUCGGCCAUGAUUUACAGAAGGUUCUAUGGCUACCCGUACUCUUCGUGGGCCCGCUAUUUCAAGUAGAUUGUUCUGUCACCCGGGAUUGAUGCUGCCCCCCCCCCCCCAACGGAUUAUCCUACUGAUCGCUGCCGACCGCAACAGAUAUCUGAUGGUUCAAGUUGACUUGUUUGGCGUUAAGAGUGGCAUUAAGUUGUGCUUGUCAAUUGUGUCGACGAUUCUCGCCUUGUUUAUAAUACAACAUUCAAGCAAAUGGAGCUUUGUUUUCCGUUGAUCGGC